AUGUCCGGAUCAGGUGCCUCUGGAAACAAGUUCCGUAUGUCGUUGGCCUUGCCAACUGGAGCUAUCAUGAACUGCGCAGACAACUCCGGCGCUAGAAACCUGUACGUCCUGGCCGUCAAGGGUACCGGUGCCAGACUGAACAGACUGCCAGCCGCCUCUGUUGGAGACAUGGUGAUGGCCACCGUGAAGAAGGGUAAGCCAGACCUCAGAAAGAAGGUCAUGCCAGCCAUCGUUGUGAGACAGGCCAAGCCCUGGAGAAGAAAGGAUGGUGUGUUCUUGUACUUUGAGGACAACGCCGGUGUGAUUGUGAACCCGAAGGGAGAGAUGAAGGGAUCUGCCAUUACUGGUCCUGUGGGUAAGGAGUGUGCCGACCUGUGGCCUCGUAUUGCCUCGAACUCUGGUGUUGUGGCGCUCAGUGAGCUGGAGGCGGCCGACUUUAGCUCGGCAGCUGUGCGCGACAACGCGGACCGGCUACUGCGCGCUCUGUCGCAGAGCAUAGCGCUCGACGCGGCGCCGUAUUUGCGUGCCGACGUGUCCGAGCGCGGAUCGGGUGUUUUGGAGGCGCGGAUCGGCAAGGCGGCCGAUCUGGUGCGCCGUCUGUGCCAGGCGAUCUCGCAGCCCGAGACCGUUGCACGGUUCAGGUACCGCCAGCUGAGCGAGAUCGUGGACGUGUUGCUGGGCCACAUGGUAUGUGGGGGUGGCGGGCGGCGCAUUUUCGAGCCUGCCGCGCUCGCAAUGGCGCGCGCUCUCUACUCUCUGAUCUGCGUGCCGAACUUCAAGAGCCACCUCAAACCGGAGAACCACGAGGCGAUCGUGCGCACCGUGGUGGACUGUUUGGCUUUGGCGGACGACGCGCCGCAGAUUCUCGUGAACGCGCUGCUCCAGCCGCUGUGCGAGUACGUUAUUCCUGCCAACUCCUCGAGCAUGGAGAUGUUUUUACGGGAGCAGACGUAUUACGCGGCGAUAGUGAGCUUUGCGGAGCGUCGAUGUGGCGCAAAGAUGGCAGAGACAGAGACGGCUGUGUUGCUGGUGCGGCUGAUGCGCCAGGUCGUAGCAGACAGCCGGCUGGUGGACGCGGCGCUGGCAGAGCGGGCUUUUUGGACGGGCGUGCGGAUCGUGGCCGGGAUGCGCACGGUCAGCAUGGCGGCGACGCAGCUGGCGGUGGCGGAGUUCAUUGGCGUCAUGGGCGGGUUUGCUGGUGUCUUUGGGACGGACGAGGCCGCCGUCCACAGUGUUCUGUGUUUUGGCGUGCAAGUCUGCGCUGCGCGCCGCGAGACGAGCGCGGCGGUGGCUCCGACGCUGGAACGGUACCUUGCUGUGGCGGUUGCGCCGUCUGGGGCGAAAAAACAGCGGCUGUCCGGCGUUGCAAGCCAGAUCUCGCAGCUUGUGCGGCGCAGCUCCUGUUUGGACUUCGCAGCGUUCUUGGGGGAGAACGUCGGCGAUCUGGACCGGUCGGUGGCGUGCGCGGCGCUGGCUAUAGUGCAGGAGUGGCUGGCAGAUGCUAAAGUGCGGGAGAAGCUGUCUGCACACGCGGCUUUUCUUGCUACGCAAUUUUUGCACGUUGUCCAGUUGCACGACGCCAGUCUCAGCCAGGGCGCACUGGGGUGUUUGCGAGUCUUGCUGGAGAGGAGCGACACGGCCCCUGAAAUUGACCGUGUUGUGAAAACGAGUCUGGAGCUCGUUAGGGACCCGAAACUGUGCAGAGAGGCGUGCCUGCUAUUCUGCGCAGCUCUGCGGAAAAAAGAUGUUUACACCCUACUCGACCGCUCGACACUGCUGCAGCUCACGAUGGCGCUCGAUAUCUUCGAUAUCAAUGGCCCUUUCAGCGUGUGUGCGGAGAGUCUGCAGUUUUGGGGCGCGGUGCUCGAUUUCUGCCAGCCGGCCGUGGACGAGCUAAGAGACUACUUUCCGGAUAAUAAACGGCGGCUGCGCAGCAGAAUCGUCGACUGGGUGCUGUACAAGGGCUUUCGGCCGGCGACGGUGGGCGACGCGCGGGCGAUGGCCGGCUUUCUGGGGCAGGGCGCAGAUCUAGGGCACAAAUAUGCCGAGCUGGAGGCGGCAUUGCGCGGGGGACUGCGCGAGAUGCGGCCGUCGCGCGAGGCCGUGUGCUGGGCGUUGCUGCUGUGCGAAAUGGGGGUGCUGGACGAGGAGAGUUUGCCGUUCGAGCCGGCGUUCGUUGUGAACUGUGCUGCCACGCUCGGCGUGGCUCCGCGGUUUGUUUUCUCGCUGGACGCAGACCCGCUGGACAAGCUGCUGCUCAGGAUCAACAGCGGACUGUGCCGGGCUGACGAAAUGGCAGCCUUGGCCAGGCAGCUCGAUCCUGCGCAGCUGCUGAGUGUGUGCGAGACGCUUGCAGAAAAAAAAAUGUUUAUUGCUGCCCCCGAUUUGUUGAUUCCCCUAGUCACCGCGCACGAGACCAAAACUGGAGAGCGCACGGUUGUGGCCCUGUGCCGGCUGCUGGAGCCCCACGCCGGCGUCUGGGCGGGCUCAGACGCGUUUGUGCACCUCUGUGAUAUCUACGAGUACCUGCUACAGCUGGACGAAAAACAACUCGUCUGCACGCGGCUGGCAAAGUUCCAUGUGCUCAGACUGUGCAUCCGGGUGUACACGGAAACGAGGAAACAGGAGGAACUGGCGCGGCUCGUGCGCUCGUUCAGAGAGAGCAGCUGCUACGUGCGGCUGGCCGUGGCUCCGUUUCUGGCUGGCGUGCUUGGCUUUAAUUUCGACCUGCUGGCGACGCUGCUGGCGACGUUUAAGCCUCAGCGAUCGGCAGAGGCGGCGCGCGUCUUUUGCCAGUUUUGCGUUGCUCUCAGCGCGCAGUCCACGGCCGCACUGCUGGCGUGUUUCUGCAACCUGCUAGACCUGUGUUCGUUCGAGCACGUGGCGAACUUGCUGCCAGAGACGCUGGCCGAGCUGGCCCGCGGCUGCGGCGGGGCGCGGGCGUUUCUGGAAAAAUACAAGCUGCCCAUCGUCAAGGUCUGGAUGGGGUUUGGCCGGUCUGUGCUUGCGUUUCCGAGCGAGCUCUUUUCGCUCGACACGCGGCAGUUUCUGCAGCUGGCGGGCGCCGAGGUGGCGGCGAUGUGUCUUGCUUAUGGCGGGUCCGGGCUGAUUGCACGCGUGGCCGCAGUUUUAGAGCGGAGCGCGGCCGAGCUCGCGCGCGACGCGGUGUCGCUUGCCGUGGCUCUUGCCUGGACGAAAAAUGGUUGCAGAGAAAAAAUAUUCGCCAGACUGGAACAGCACUGCGCCGACGAGCUCGAACGGCAGAAAUGUCUUGUUCUGGACCGUGUCGUCGAGCUAAGCGGGGCCGAAUAUGCCCAGUUUGACCUGCAAAUCGAAGACGCGGUGGCAGAGCUGUUUCAAAUGGUAGCAGGCCCGGUGAGCGAUGAACUGGUGCACUUUCUGUGCAUGCGCGCGCUUGCACGGCUGUGCGCCGCUCCGCCCGACGAGCAGGCCGCACAACUCGCGCGAUUUGCCACUCUAGUCCGAGACUGUCUGAAACUGCGUAUUCCUACUCCCCUGCGCAAAAUCUACAUUCCCAUCGUUUGCACGUACAGCAAUUCCCUGGCUGCCGCGCUGGCAGACGCGGAUACGGACGCGGACCAGUACGGCUUGUGGGCGCCGGUGCUCGCCCAGGCGCUGCAGGAACGCGGCGAGCUCGCCAAAUGGCUCUAUAAAAAUAGAGAGCGGUUUAAUGGCGAGGGCGCGGAAACGGGCCUGCUCCGGACUGCGAUUGCGGUCCUGGCCGGCCGCCAAUGCCGGCUGGACGCCAACGACGUGCUGGCCGUGCUGGCAGCACGCAGAGAUAGAGCAACGGUGCAGCUGCUGUCUGCGCUGAUGGAGAGGCUAGAGAUGCCGUCGGUUUCGGCGUGCAGUCCAGACAUUGCCGCCAAGCUCUACGACACGCUGGAAGCGGGCGGAGCGCAUAAACUGCGUGGGCUCAUUGCACGCUGUCUCGCGCGCACGUACGAGGAAACGGGCUUCAAUCCGGCCACAGAAAAGCCCGAGUUCGACCACCGCAAGUUUGGUCACGUGACCGGGAGCAGCAUGGAUCUGCCGUGGCUGCUGGACGUGUGGCGGCCGCGGUUGGCGUCCGUGCCGGCCCAGUUUGCGUAUCUCUGUCUCUGUGGUGUUCUGCGCGCCCAUAAUCUUAGGUACUCCUCUGAGCAGCCCGUGUGGCCGCUGGAUGCUGUUGUCUGGCGACUUCUGGAUACCACGCCCCAAAUCAGCGUCGAUAUCGAAAAUCCAGCAUCCUGGGCCGUGGACACGUUCCGGCGCGAUGUGCUGCUUACGCUGAUGGCCAUGCGGCGGGGUCCUGUUGCGGCAGGUCUGCGUGCUCUCGUUUUCCAUGACCAAACUGCAUUUAGCCACGUACUGCUGUAUCUGCUUGACAGCGACAAAACCACGAGCCUGGCUUUCUCCAAACUGAUUCAUGCCGUCUUUUCCAGAUCGUCCGCCCCCUGCAUCGUCAAGGAAUUCACCGAGUUUGUGCUGCUGCUGCGUGCCGCCACCAUUCGCGGAAAUAAAUCCUGUCUCCGGCUAUACACCCAGCUGGACCUCGAAAAGGUGUACAGGGCAGCUGCCCCGCUGGCUCCCCGUGCUGCUCUCAUGCUCAUGGAGGAGCACUACACCAGCGGACGGGGAAAGGACUGGCGCACAGAGCACGAGUGGCUGUACAGCACGUACGCCGCGCUGGACGAAAAAGACCUGUUCUUUGGCCUGCCGCUGCGCUCCAGCUGGGACUACGGCGUCGACCGGCUGCACUGGACAGACAACACGGCCGGAAGACUGCUAUUCGACAACGCCAGGUACAACGAGCUGCACGAGCCGCGCCAGCUGGUGGCUUCCUUGUUCGACACGGGGUAUGAUCGACUCUCGAGUCUGCUGGGCGGCCAGAUGGCGUCGUUGUCGUACGAGCAGCUGUGGAAGCUGGGCGAGUGGAAGCUGCCUACGCCUCCGGUGAGCGACAAGCACACGGCGAUGUACUCGCUGCUGAAGGACGCGCCGAGUGGCGCCGCUGAGCGGGUCGCGCACCUCGAAGCGCAGUUCGGCGACCUGGCGCGGCAGUUCGAGGUUUUUCGGGACUAUAGACGUGCGCGCGAGUGGGUCGUCACGCUGGCGACGCUUGAGGCUGCAGAGCAGCCGCGCUGCGACUCGUGGCUGGCCCGCGCGGCGCCGUUCGAGAUCGCUGCCGAUCUGUACCUGGUGCGCACGGGACUCUGGUCAUGUGACAACAAGAGCGCCUGCGCCGUGGACCUGCACCGGUACGCGGAGCUGUGUCGCGGGAACGGGCGCGAGCAGCACGCGGCGAAUGCGGCUGUACGUCUGGCACGGCUGCGCGAGCAGGCAGGCGCGGGCACGGACGUUUGGGUGCUGUCGCAGUACAACGUGGCGGCGUCGUUCUGGACGCAGCACGAGACGAGCUAUGCGCUGGAGACGCUGCGAACGGCGUUGGCUCAUGCGUCCGACAACGGCGAGCUGCCGCGCGGGCUUUUGCUGGCAAAGCUGGUGCAAUGGUCGCACGAGUCGCGGCAGGAGACGGCCGAUCGGCUGAUGAGCGAGUAUGUGGAGACGCAAGAGUGGGGGCAGGGCCAGGAGACGCAGCUGGCCGAAAUGUACCACAUUCUGGCCGAGUUCUGUGACGCGCAGGUGCGUGGCGGUGAGCUAGACAAACAGAUCGAAAAGCUGGCGGCGGCCGUGGCGCAGCGGGAGCACGAUCUUGCCGAGCUGGAGAAGUACGCUUCGAGCGCGGGCCGCGACGCGACGCAGCGCAAGAAUGCCCGGCGGGCACACCAGAGGCUGUGUGUGCAGCAGGAAGCGGAGCAGGAGGAGCUGGCUGUCGCACGGCGCAACAAGACGCGGUACCUUAGACGGGCCGUCGAGUUCUACGUGCGCGCAGCGGUCGCGAACGAUAGCUGUGUCGACCGCAACGUGGACCGCCUGUGCGCGCUGUGGCUUGCGCACACGGACGUGGACGUGGGGGAGGGGCUGCACGAGAUCGAGAAGCACAAGUUCGUGCCGUGGCUGAACCAGCUCACUUCUCGGCUCGCGAGCCAGGCAAGCCGGUUCCAGCGCACGCUGCAGCAGCUGGUGUUUGAGAUCUGUUUGCAGCACCCGUACGACGGGAUGUACCUGCUGCAGUCGCUGAUGCUGAGUGGGCGGGAGAGCGCGGACGAGGCGUCUGUUGGGCGUGGCGAGGCUGCGCGCAGCGUGUGGUCGCGGCUGCUCUCGUCCGAAGCUCGUGAACACGCUACCAAAGUAGAGGCGAUGGCUGCGGCGUGUGUGGAGCUGGCGAACCGCGACUUGCGUGGGGCAAAACACACAGACGUGGGGGGUUGGUGGGUGCGCACGCUCCCGGGACUGCAGAUGCCCGCGCCGACCGUCCAGCGCCGCGAGACAAGCCGAGGCUACGGCCCCGACCAGCACGUCGUCCAGGUGGCCCCCACGGCCAAAACUGCGGCGUCCGGGCUGAGCCUGCCCAAAAUCGUCAAGGUGGUGCUGGCGUCGGGCGAGACGCACCGGAUGAUCCUCAAGGGCGGGUCCGACGACCUGCGCCAGGACAGUAUCAUGGAGCAGGUGUUCGAGAAGGUGAACGUGCUGCUUGUGCAGGACUCACGUGCGCGCCGCCGCCGGCUGCGUGUGCGCACGUACAAAGUUGUGCCGUUGGGCCCCCGGUCCGGCGUCAUCGAGUUUGUGUCCAACUCUGCCUCGCUGGACGAGCUGCUACGGGCGUUGCAUGUGGGGGACAAGCUGCGUGCGGACCGUGCCCGCGCAAGGAUGAAGAGUGCCCAGGAGCAUUCCGCCGCGCACCGCGUGGCCGUGUACAUGGACAUCUGCGAGCAAGUGCAGCCUUGCUUCCGCAAUUUUUUCUUCGACAACUAUACCGCACCGGACGGCUGGUUUGAGGCCCGUCUGGUGUACAGUCGCGGGCUGGCCGCGACGAGCAUCGUGGGGCACGUGCUCGGGCUCGGCGACCGCCACUGCAACAACAUCCUCGUCGAUAAAGUGUCGGCCGAGCCGAUCCACAUCGACCUGGGCGUGGCGUUCGACCAGGGCCGCGCUUUCCCCGUGCCGGAGAUUGUGCCGUUCCGGCUGACAAGAGACCUGGUGGACGGGCUAGGGGUGGCGGGCACGGCGGGCGUGUUCAGCCGCAGCUGCGAGAACGUGUUUGCUGUGCUGCGUGCCAACUCCACGCACAUUAGCGACAUUCUCGAUGUGCUCAGGUACGACCCACUUUACUCGUGGACGGUGUCUCCCGUGAGGGUACGGUGGGUGCAGGAAGAGUGGGGGGGAGACUGGGACGAGGCUGCGCGCCGGGACGUGGGCUCAGAAGCCAGCAUGGCGAUCGACGGCGUUCUACGCAAACUACAGGCGCGCGGGCUCAGCGAGGAGGCUGUGGUGCGCGAGCUCGUGCGCGAGGCCACCGACAGUCGCAACCUGGCGUUGAUGUAUGCUGGCUGGGCUCCAUUUUUGUAG